CGAGGGGACAGGGGGGCGGAGCCCGGCAGAAGAUGGCGUAUCUGCGCUGUAGGCGAGACCCCUGCGGCGUUAUCUGUCUGAUUUUAACUUAUUUCAGCGUGUUAUACGCGGACUACGUGGUCAUACAGUAUGUCCUCGUCCCCACCUACUCGGGCAGUGUGUGGUGUACUCUACAUGGAUCAGUCUUCAACCUGAUUCUGCUGCUGCUGCUGGCCUGCCACUCCAAAGCUGUCUUCUCAGAUCCUGGUAUGGUGCCUCUUCCUGACACAGCCAUAGACUUCUCAGACCUUCGCUCGCAGUCGUCUCGGAUGAAUGAGCGGGGCUGCGAGGGCUGGACCGUGUGCAACCGCUGUGAAACCUACAGACCUCCCAGAGCGCAUCACUGCCGCGUCUGUCAGAGGUGUAUACGCCGCAUGGACCACCACUGUCCAUGGAUCAACAACUGUGUCGGGGAGUUAAACCAGAAGUAUUUCAUCCAGUUUCUCUUCUACACCGGCAUGGCCUGUCUCUACUCCAUGGUGCUGGUGGUGUCGGCCUGGGUGUGGCGGAUCAGGAACGAGGGAGAAGGCGACGUAGAGAAGGAGGGAGAGGAGACGCCCAGCAAACACCUGAUAGUUGCUCAUUACAUCAUCCUCCUGGUGGAGUCGGUGUUGUUCGGUGUAUUUGUCAUGGUUAUCUUCUACGAUCAGCUGGUCUCCAUAAUCACAGACGAGACUCCCAUAGAGCAGAUGAGGAACAGGCUGAUGAUCAAGGACAAAGGCUCUUCAUCCUCCUCGCAGCUGCCUCACCACCCGUCGCACACCCGCAAGCCCAAGCUCGCUCUGCUGCGGGAGGUCUUCGGAAGAGGUUCAGUCUUCUGCUGGCUUCUUCCUCUCCACUCCAACCCUCCGUCUGUCGGCGGCAUCACCUACUCCGCCCUGCCCAACUACGACGUCUGACCUUUGACCUGUGAGAGCGAGAGGGGGCGACGAGGAAAGGAUGGCGAUGAAGGUUUUGUGUGCGUGCGUGCGUGCGUGCGUGCGUGCGUGCGUGUGUGUGUGUUCAUGUGUGAGAAUGAAUUUUUCUGCCUAACUAUGAUGUCUUAUCCUUGGAACUGCGAGAGGAAGAGGAAGGAGGAUGAAGGCCGAGAUGGGGGAUGACUGCAGAGAGAGAGAGAGAGAGAGAGAGAGAGAGAGAGAGUGUGUGUGUGUGUGUGUGUGUGUGUGUGUUUGUGUUUGUGUGUUUGUGUGUUUGUGUGUGUGUGUGUGUGUGGUUUUAUCCCCCAGGACUUUAAAACAAAAAAGAUCAGCCUCAGACUCAUGAAAUCUCUUUCCUGUCUUUCCCGUCAUGAGGGAAGAGCACUGACGGUCCCGAGCUGUAGUUUAACUACCAGCAGUCUGUUGUUAUUUUCACAUACAGUACGUGGAGGGAGUUGAUCACUGGGGUUUGACUGAUGAUCAAGUUUCACAUUUCUACACUAAAGCUGCUGAUAUUUGGAAUUAACCAAGUAAAGAUUUGACUCUUUUCAUGCUCAGUAGUUCAGAUCUUCACAUUUCUUGCCUGUACAGCAACAUUUAGCUCGUCAUGCUAACGGCGCCUAACACACAACAUGCAAACGAUCUGUCUGUACAUGUGACAAACUGGUUCCCAAAACAUCUGAAGCUAAAAAAGCAGCUGAUGACCAACCUGAGUUAGCUAAACGUAUGACUGCAAGACUGACCCACGUGUCAGUCAAACCCCAGUGCGUUUUUCUUAUGACGGUGUGUUUCUGGCCAGUGUUUUCACCAACAGAUAAACUUUCUGUUGUCAGUUACUUUAACGAGCUCCUGAACGAGGUCAGAGGUUUCUCAUAGUUUUUACAUCUUCAACCCCUGAUUGAAAACUCAUGCACACUGCCCUCAUGGUUGUUGACAACUGUGAAAGCUGAGAAACCACUUUGCCCUGAAAUUAUUUUUGUUAUUUCACAAAAUAACAGAGAAAUUAGUUGUUGUUUUUUCUUUUUUUGUACCAAGUUUUUUUUUUUUUGGGGGGGAGGGUUCAGCUUAAUGUUCAAAUUGAGCUUUAAAAAAAGUAACCACAGAUGCACUGAUAUGGGUUUUUAAAGCUGAUAUUCCUCCGCCUGUGUCGGUGGAGCUUAGUGAAUGAACAGGUGCAAAACAGGUAAAGCUUUAAUGGGUUUUUUUUUGUUGAGGGAACUGAUCAUUUACAAUACUUUCAGAGCAUGCUGAUAUACACUAUGUGGCCACAAAUAUUUGGACACCUCAGCACUGCACCAAUACGUGCUAUAGUUAGAUAUCCCCAAAGGUGUUUGGUGCGUUUGAGGUCACAGCUUUGAGCAGGCCAAUCAAGUUCUUCCACACCCAGAUUAUGAAAACUAUUUCUUCAUAGAGCUGCUUUGUGGUUAUAUAAUCAUCCCCAAAACUAUUUGCAUUGUCUAAAAUAUAAUUAUAUGCAGUAAAGGUUAACAUAUCCUGUCACUGGAAUGAAAGGAGCCGAGCCCAAACCACACACAACAGCCCUAAACCAAAUGUCCACAUACUUUUGGCCACAUAUUGUAUAAUCUCCGAUGUAUCUCUGUUUCUGUUAUUGAGGUAAAUUAAGGUCCAACACCUUAAUACAAACACCAAAAAACACUAUAGGUCAGUGUAUUUUCUAUUGUUUAUUAGUUUUUAUUCUCAAAUCAGCCACCUGAGCUCCACGACGGAAAACGCUAAAGAAACGUUUUUAAAAACGAGCUACCUGUGCAGUAAUAUAAACAGCAGGAGCAAAUAAAUCUCUUGGGAGUUUGAAGUGAUGCCUUGAGGUUCAUAAACAAACAGACGGAGAAUGUCCACGAAGAGAUUUCCUUUUCUUUUUUCUUUUUUUUUUGUGUGUGUGUAUUGUUUUAAUGUUUUUCCCUCAUUCCUGUGUUUUAUUGUGAAGUACAAAGAAUUAUUGUUUGACGUGCUACUAACUAAACUGUGUCACACUGUGUUACCCACACACACACACACACACACACACACAAACACAAACAUGCAAACAUGGCGUGAUUUCAGAAAGACAAAAAGACACAAGUAUUGUUUACUAUCACACUACACUUAAAUUCUAUUUUUAACCUUGGGAGAUAGAAGUAAUAAUUUGUGUUGGUCAUUCCUCACCAAAUCACCCACACACACACACACACACACACACACACACACACACACACACACACACACACACAUUCAGAGUACACCUCUCAGUAUUCUGCUAAAUCUCAGUGAAGGGAUGUUUCUUAACUUAUUUAUUGUUUCUAAUUAUUCCGUGGAGUUUUCUCUACCAAUAACUGUGUAUUUGUAUGUGAGGGGUGAAGCUGCCUUUCUACACUGAUCUGGGUUUUGGAUUUGCUGUUUCUUUAAUCUGGAUGUAUUCUUUAAAAAAACAAACAAAAAAAAACCCAACAGUUCUUUAAACAGCAGCAGGGACGUUAAAGUGUCACGUUAUCGACUUAACAAGACAUUUUAGAGUUAAAUCUAUUCAUUCAAGAACAUUAAAUAAGACGCCACGAGGUUAAAUGUCUACAGGCCCGACGGGUAGUUUUUAGUUUGCCAGCAGUGGUGGAGUAAGAACCCAUAUCCUUUACUGAAGUACAAAUACUAUAAAAAUACUCCAUUAAGAAUAAAAGUCAUUCAAAAUGUUAAAUAAGUAAAAGUACAACAGUAUAAUCAGAAAAAUGUACAUAAAGUUCUGUUCUGUGAAAAAAAAGCCCAAUGAGAGUGAUAAUGAGGUGGAGCUGGUUUUAAUUCCUCUAGAUACACUUAUAGUUUAGUUCAAUGGUUCCCAACAUAGGGGUCAGACCCCCCCCACCCCCCACCCCCCCCCCCCCC